AUGGCUUCGACGAUGGAAGAGGAGAUUUACCUCGCCAUGCAACAUGUCUUCUUCAAAGAGCACGCCGAGAUCCGUCGCUCCAAGGCCAUCCAACGCAGAAUCCAUUCCUGCUUGAGCCCACCGAUCAACGCUCUGGACUUGAAAUAUACCCGCCCAGUCGUCGUCAGUACGUGCCAGGAGCUCCUUGAAAAGGGGGUCUUCAAAAGCAGAUGGAAAGCAGAGCAGCGGUUUCCUCAAUUAUUUCAACAACCCCCACCUUCACCACAAGUAGCUACACCAGCGAAUGCGCCAGAGACGCCGAAAGCUACAAGGCAAGAGAAAGAUUGGAAGGAGGAGAUCGUGGCGCUCAUUUCUGAGAGAAAGGCGGAAAGGACAUCUCGGCUGCAAGCCGCUAUUGCUACAGCGGACGUGGGCGACGCGGCAAGCACCACGACAAGCAGCGACACCGUCAUCUCCGAGUCAACGGCAACAGCAACAGCGCGACAGCCACAUAUAAAGACCGCAGAUUUCCCCGUGCUUUGCACCGCCUUCCUAUCAUACGAAGCCCAACAUGCCCUCCUCACAAGGAUCCAAAGCCUUCUAGAGAAGGCCUGCUUCGACUACGCGAAGCAGGCGCACCCCAAGAUCCUGGAAGCAGGACAAUGGGAGUCGCCCGAGCGCGUCGAACUUCAGAAAUGGAUGUGGAUCUUCAAAAACGAGGUAUUUGAUACAUUCCAGGCUGAAACGGUGCCCCUGCCGCAUAUCGACUGGCACGCCUUCUUCGAAUCGAUCAAGCAGAUUCGGCAUAAAGCCGUCCAUCGCGAGGUUCUUUGCGUCGCGGAUGUGAAGGCGUACCUCGCUGACGCGGAGAGCCUUGCGAAGCUGCUGCGGCAGGACGAGUGUCUCGCUAAGCUGGGGUUCUUGAGGGAGGAGACGGAGAUGGUGCUGGCGGUUUCGGAGCGAAAGAAGGACGGGCUGGCGGUCAAGUAUCAGGCCAAGUUUGAUGAGAUUGGGGUGCGGAGGAAGGAGCUGGAUGAGCUCGAGAAGCGGACGAGGGAGGAGAUGGUGCGGGAGCAUAGGAGGAUGCAGAGUGAUCUCGGGUUUGGGUUGAAGCUUGCGGUUGCGGAGAUGAAGGAGACGGAGGUCCCGGGGAAGGGAGGUGAAGUCGGAGGGGAUAAGGCAGAAAGCACGAGCUUCUGGGGGCUUGCCGAUGGCCUCUGGAAAUUAGCUUCUGGCCGCCAUGCUGGAAUCAAGUCUGCCCAUGGGAGCCUCUCUGCCAGCCCUGGCGACCUCAAUGCGAAGAAGUUUAGCAAAACAAUGACGACCACCUUCAUGGACUUCCCGGAUGCCUACGAACUCAUGAAAGAAGCUCUAGACACAACUUUCCCCAAAGUUACCAUCAGUGGUUCUGAGAUCGCCCUUUGCCUGAUUGAUAAGGCUACGAAUGAGACCCGUGGUUCCACCACCAGAAAGCACACCGUCAUCGAGAUCUCGGACGACGAGGAGCCUAUCGAGACCCCGACCAAGAAGGUUCGCCGGACUCAACUUAAGGAUGAGAUCGCCGCUCGCACCGCUUAUUACAUUGGAUAA